CUAAGAUUGAGCACCUAUACAUUUGGACAUUAAGCAGCUCGUGGCAGCGCCGUGGGUGGAACCGCUUUCAGCAUUGGCAGCCAGUGCUCCCUCUACCUAGCUCGGUCCGCCGCCGCCGCUGCCGUCGCGAUAUCGAACCAACGCCCCGCAUCGCACCAGCUUUGCAACUGCGCUGCGUCUAUCCAAUCCCGACAACAUGGCUAGCCAAGCACAAAUCAACCCGAAAAAGCAGCAGGAGCUUCAGCUCCAGUACACAAAUUACAAGAACACGCUGCAACAAUUGGCGCAAAAGAUCGGCGAAAUCGAACAGGAAGCCGAGGAGCACAAGCUUGUUAUUGAGACACUUCAACCUCUUCCCAAGGACAGAAAAUGCUUCCGCAUGGUUAACGGGGUUCUGGUUGAGCGCACGGUUGAAGACGUUCUCCCCUCCCUCCAGACGAACUCGGACGGUUUGAAGCAGGUUUUGGAUGAGCUUCUGAAGCAAUACAAGUCCAAACAGUCGGAUCUUGAUAACUGGAAGAAAAAGAACAACAUUCAAGUCGUACAGCCAUAGGGGACCAAAGUCAACGAUCAACAUGGCUCACUGAUUACCUUGCCGUUAUUCCCCUGGUGUCAUUCAUCGUUCGGGGCCUCAAGCAGUGAGUUGAGCAGGAGCGGCGUUCCCCGGUGUCCAAGAUUAUGAAUACAAACCCCGAUUUUGCUACUAUUUCGAACCAUCCCAUGGCCUGAACAUUCGUGGCUCCUAGCAUCUGAUGCUGGCAGAAAACUGCCAGUAGCUCUCGCCUAGGACAAGGACAAUGUGGCAGGUAAACAAACUAGUGCUUUGUCACAGGACGGCCGAGGCCUUGAAUGCACUCAUGCCUGACCGCUAGGUCUAAUUCGGGAAAGACCUCACAUCAGGCUAUGGAACUGGAUUCUGAGGUACCAUCGUCAAGACUCUGGCCGUACCUAGCAGCAAAUAGUGUAUAAUACAACUCCCGUGCCUUCUUUAGUCUGUUUGAAGACUUUACUUCAAGGGUGCAUAUACGUCUUGGACUUGU